UAAAAAGCGGGGGAUAAAUCAGCUGUCCUGUCCCUCUGUUAUCCUUAGCAACUAUACAAACUUUGGUAGAUUCAUGGGAACCUUUCAUUGGUCCAAACGCCGAAAACGUUACAACAUUAACAUCUCUACGAGAUACGGUGAAUGGGCAAUGAAAAACCCGUCUGAUCAAUUCCAUCCUGCAACUAGGGUUGAAGCGCUAAUACAAGAAGACCAAGAAACCCAAACCAUAGACCACCACGGAGAAGAAAAAGCUAGAUGUGAAUGGGAUUUCAGUCUUGAGACGGUGGUUUCGUCAAGCAGCCGUGGAGCUGGGUCCGAUGCCCUCGGUGUAAUCCAAUUCGACCAGUCUGAAACCAUCCUUGCCACCGGUGGAAUAGCCAGAAAGAUAAGAAUCUACAACGUCAAUUCUUUGCUUCCUCAUGAAGGUAGCCAAAAUGGAAGCGAUGUUGCUUUGUUAGACCAUUCUAAAGCAUGCGAGUACUACAUAUGUACACCGGCUAAGCUUAGCAGUCUCCGAUGGAAACCUGGUUCUAAUAGCCGUGUUAUAGUGUCCGGAGACUAUGAUGGAGUUGUGCUGGAGUAUGAUCUUGAGAGAAAAGUACCGAUCUUCGAACGCGACGAGCAUGGCGGGCGUCGGGUAUGGAGCGUGGACUAUUCGCAUUGUGAUCCGAUGUUGGGUGCGUCUGGAUCCGACGAUGGCACCAUGCAAAUGUGGGACCCACGUUGUGAGGGGGAUGGUGGAUGUGUGGCUACAGUUCAACCCAGCGUGACCCGCAGGGCCGUAUGUAGCGUGGAGUUUAAUCCGUUUGGUGGAUCAAUGAUAGCCGUUGGAUGUGCUGACAGGAGAGCAUACGGGUACGAUAUCCGGAUGAUGAAAGACCCGGUAUUCGUGCUUGACGGGCAUAAGAAAACGGUGACAUACGUCAGGUUUGUGAAUGAGCUUACAUUGGUAACAGCAGGAAUUGAUGGGUGCUUAAGGAUGUGGAAUUUACAUGAUUCCCAAAUGAUUCGCACGUACAAAGGACACGUGAAUAACAGGAACUUCGUUGGAUUAUCAGUGUGGAGAAAUGGAGGUUUAUUGGGGUGCGGAUCCGAAGACAACACAGUGUUCGUUUACGACAAGAGGUGGGGCGAGCCCAUAUGGAUGCAUGGGUUGGAGCCAGUGGGCGACCAUGGGUUUGUAAGCAGCGUAUGUUGGAGGCAAGUGAGGGAGGACGAAUGUACACUAGUUGCAGGAGGAUCAGAUGGGGUCCUGCAACUUUUUAAAGGCAAAAGGAAGACAGAUGCAGCCACUGGUUCAAGAUAAAAUGGCAUAAAAAUAAAAGCUCAUUUUGUAUCUGCUUCUUUUAGGAUAAUAUGCUGACCAUAAAGUUGUUUGUGAGCUGGAGUGAGUGGUAAAGGAUCAAACUGGCUCUCCUUGUUAUCGUCGGGUCAUCUGGUGCUUUAUUUUUAGGCUCCAGCUUAUUUUCUUUUCACUUCCUCUUUAAUUAACUGUAGUUGUAAUUGCUUCAUUGAGAAGUCCAAUAUGCAUGCAGAAAGAAAGAAUGGAAAUUUCUUAUUGAAUGUAUGUAUAUUCAAUCAUUAUGAUAUUAUUAAUUUCAAAUUUAAUA